GGCGCGACCCAGGUGCCGGCGGGCAGGAGGCGCCCGAGGAUGUGCGGCUGGCCGCUGCUCCUGCUUUGGGGGCUGCUCCCCGGCGCGGCGGCGGGGGGCUUGGGCCGGGCCCUCCCGCACCGCACCCUCCUCGACUCCGAGGGCAAGUACUGGCUGAGCUGGGGCCCCCGGGGCGGCCGGCUCGCCUUUCGCCUCGAGGUGCGCACUGCCGGCUACGUGGGCUUCGGCUUCUCGCCCACCGGGGCCAUGGCCGCGGCGGACAUCGUCGUGGGCGGGGUGGCCCACGGGCGGCCCUAUCUGCAGGAUUAUUUUACAAAUGCAAAUAGGGAGUUGAAAAAAGAUGCUCAGCAAGAUUACCACCUGGAAUAUGCCAUGGAAAAUAGUACCCACACAGUAGUUGAAUUUACCAGAGAACUGCAUACAUGUGACAUAAAUGACAAGAGUAUAACGGAGAGCACUGUGAGAGUGAUCUGGGCUUACCAUCAUGAAGAUGUGGGCGAAGCUGGCCCCAAGUACCAUGACUCCAAUCGUGGCACUAAAAGUCUACGGCUGUUGAAUCCUGAGAAAACCAACGUGUUGUCUACAGCCAUACCAUACUUUGACCUGGUGAAUCAGGACGUCCCCAUCCCAAACAAAGGUACGACCUAUUGGUGCCAAAUGUUUAAGAUCCCUGUGUUCCAGGAAAAGCAUCAUGUAAUAAAGGUGGAGCCACUGAUACAGAGAGGCCACGAGAGUCUGGUCCACCACAUCCUGCUCUACCAGUGCAGCAGCAGCUUUAACGACAGCGUCCUGGACUAUGGCCACGAGUGCUACCACCCUAACAUGCCCGAUGCAUUCCUCACCUGCGAGACCGUUAUUUUUGCCUGGGCCAUUGGUGGAGAGGGUUUUUCCUAUCCACCUCAUGUUGGAUUAUCCCUUGGCACUCCGUUAGAUCCUCGUUAUGUGCUCCUGGAAGUCCAUUAUGACAAUCCGACAUAUAAGGAGGGCUUAAUAGAUAAUUCUGGACUGAGGUUAUUUCAUACGACAGAUAUAAGGAAGUAUGAUGCUGGGGUGAUUGAGGCUGGCCUCUGGGUAAGCCUCUUCCACACCAUCCCUCCAGGGAUGCCUGAAUUCCGGUCUGAGGGUCACUGCACUCUGGAAUGCCUAGAAGAGGCUCUGGAAGCUGAAAAGCCAAGUGGAAUCCAUGUGUUUGCUGUUCUUCUCCAUGCUCACCUGGCUGGCAGGGGCAUCAGGCUCCGUCAUUUUCGCAAAGGGGACGAAAUGAGAUUACUGGCUUAUGAUGAUGAUUUUGACUUCAAUUUCCAGGAGUUUCAGUAUCUUAGGGAAGAACAAACAAUCUUACCAGGAGAUAAUCUAAUUACUGAGUGUCGUUACAACACAAAAGAUAGAUCCCGGAUGACUUGGGGAGGAUUAAGCACCAGGAAUGAAAUGUGUCUCUCAUAUCUUCUUUAUUACCCAAGAAUUAAUCUUACUCGAUGUGCAAGUAUUCCAGACAUUAUGGAACAACUUCAGUUCAUUGGGGUUAAGGAGAUCUAUAGGCCAGUCACGACCUGGCCCUUCAUUAUCAAAAGCCCCAAGCAGUAUAAAAACCUUUCUUUCAUGGACGCAAUGAAUAAGUUUAAAUGGGCUAAGAAGGAAGGUCUUUCCUUCAACAAGCUAGUCCUUAGCUUGCCCGUGAACGUGAGAUGCUCCAAGACAGACAAUGCAGAGUGGUCGAUUCAAGGGAUGACAGCGUUACCUCCCCAUGUGGAAAGACCGUAUAAAGCAGAGCCUUUGGUGUGUGGAGCCUCUUCUUCCUCUUCCGUGCACAGAAAUCGCUCUCUUGAGCUGCUCGUGGGCUUCAUGGUACUCGGCAGCAUGCUGCACAGCACACGCUUGUGUUCAUCAUUCUGUGCCUGGGGACGUAAGAUAGCAGGACCUCCUGAGCAGCAAGGCCUUGUGCAGGCAGAGCCUGCGGAGCCUUCCCGCAGCGUCGGGCAGCCGGCGACGGGAAGCCUCCAUGAGAUCUCCCCUGAUGCCAAACCAAACCAUGUAAAAUCGAAUUUAAUAAAAGCAAAAGGAUUCGAGUUUGAAAAUGCCCCAUGGAGGGCAGAGGCAGAACCAUUGCCCACAGGGGGUGGAUAUGGGGACAGAUACUUCCUCUAUGAGACAGCUUUGAAGUCAUCCCUUAGUAAACAUGCCUCCUCUCCAAGCUGUGCACACACACCGGGCUACCACCCGCGAUUCCACCUCUACCACCCAGAAGGAACCCCGGGGGGGAAUGACUUUCCUCACCCUGCGGAUGAAGAAGAGGGCAGUGGGGAUGCCCAUGACCUCCUGGUGUUGGGCACUGGGGACUGUGGUGCUGGUUUCCUGCUGCCACUGGGAGCUAGUAUUAGAAGGGUCCUCACUGAGUUUGAACAGGCAUAUUUCUAA